UAAGAUUUGUGUUCUCUUUUACUCUCAUUACAAGAAUUCUAAGCCAGUUUAUUUUCAAGCACAAAUUUUUAAAUAGAAAAGGUCCAGCACUGUUCGCAACAUACAUAGAAGCUAUAAAACCAAUUUGAUAUUCUUAUAACAGCUCAGAGAAUUUUUUUAAAGAAUAUUGGGACUGCUCGAAAGGCCUGGAACUUGGUACCUGAAGAGAGUUUUUUGUGGGAUUAAGACUGUUGAGACAAUAGGGGUCUUAGGGCGAGUUUCACCACAUAGCAGACUGCUAUUGUGUACCAACUUAAAAUUUCAAAAAUAAAAGAAAUUACCAUUUGUGCCAUCUGGCGAGUUCUGGUGAAGUAACUUAUGUUCUUGGAAAGAAAUUUCAAUAUGGUUGACCGGCAAAAGUGAUUGUAAACAAGAAUAAGACUGAAUAGAUUAUUAUUGAAAUGUCACAAAAACAUUAUUCCGUUGAUGACAAACUAAUACUAAUUGAUUUGGUAAAGCAACAUUCAAAAGUGGUGGAGAAUAAGAGAACUGAUGCAGUCGGAAAUCUCGAAAAAGAUGAAGCAUGGAGUGUCAUAACGGAGACAUUCAACAAGAAAGUUGUAUUCAAACGAAAUACUGCAUCCUUGCGAAACUGCUGGCAGCAUAUAAAACAAUAUGCUCGAAAAAAUGCAGCACAAUCUAAGCAACAAACACGUGCUACAGGUGGAGGUGUUAAUACAGGUCAAAUGAGUGUAAUUGAUAUGGCAGCAUUGAAAAUAAUUCAUCCAUUCUCUGUAGAAGGCCUACAGAAUAUAUUCGAUAGUGAUGCUGAAAAUGAAUGUCCUAACAAAGUAGUGUUUGAUCAUUUACUUCAAACAAAAAAAAAAUAGAAAAAUGGAACAAAUGGGACCCGAAGAAGUUAAAAGCAUCAUUGAGUGCUUCUUUACGUAAUGCCGUCAGUAAUGUUUCACAGCCAAUUCCUAGUACAUCCACGGGCAUUACUAAUGCAUCAAGACAAAAGUGGUCUGCAACCGAAUUAACGUCUCUUAAAGUAGAAGCUUUUCAAUUACUUAAAAAAAGUUUAACUGAAAACCAAGCAUUAGAAAAAGAAUAUCUAAAAACAAAGUUAGCGCGAGAAAAUCUCGAACUGGAAAUUCUAAAAGCUAAAUGUUUUGGUUUGAAUAAAAUGAAAAAGAACAAUUCUAGUAAUGAUAACAUAAAGAAAAAUAUAGCUAGCCAUGCUAAAGUACAAAAACCUGAUUAUAAUGAUGAGAAUCAACAGACUGCUUCUCAGAAUGAUGAUUCGAUUUUGCUUAGUUCUGAAUCCGAUUAGAGGACAUAGAUAUAUGAUAUAUUUAAAAACGAAAGUACAAUUUUAACAAUAUAGUCUAAUAACCAAAUGUUAUCGUUCAAGUAUUAAUUAUAGUUCGUUAAUUCGUUUUUAAAUCUUAAUAUUUACAUGUGAGAUUGAGCAUAUGUUUCUUCUUAAACUUAAAUGAAAGAAUUAUUUCAUAAAAUUUUAUGAAUAACGUUUAGUAUUCUUUAAAAAAGAAUGAUCUAUGUGCAAAAGUUUUAUUAGUAGAUCAGCAUUUAAUAUGUUAAAAAACAAAUUAGUAUAAGAAAAUGUUAUUUAGUUUUGUGAAAAAAAAUAUAUUUUUUAUGCACGUGAUGAAAGUAUUACUAUGCAAU